GGUUCUCAGACCAGCAGGAAGCCAAUGGCACUCUUAAGCACAAGCUGUCCAUGGCUGCUCCUUCCCUCGAUGACAAUGGUGAGGAUGCUCCUCAUCUGCACGGUCAGCUGCCUUGAGGCCACCCAUCAUGCCCACAUGAUCAGCCGCUGUGAACUGGCCAAGUUGCUGAAGGAGGAGGACUUGGAUGGGUUUGAGGGCUACUCCCUGAGUGACUGGAUCUGCCUGGCUUUUGUGGAAAGCAACUUCAACACAACAAAGGUAAAUGAAAACGUAGAUGGCAGCUACGACUACGGCAUCUUCCAGAUCAACAGCCACCUCUGGUGCAACGAUUACCUCAGCCACUCGGAAAACAUUUGCCACGUGGAAUGCAAAGAACUGCUUGUGCCUGAUCUCCUCGCAUCCGUCAACUGUGCCAAAAAGAUUCUGUCCAGAGCAGGAGGGAUGAGGAACUGGGUGAGGUGGAAGCUGCACUGUGAGGGCCGACCACUCUCUUACUGGUUGACCAGCUGUCACCUGGAAUGAGGAGGGGAAAGCCGGCUUGCUGUGGAGUUUU